AAGGGUGAAAGGUUAACAAGAUGGCGCUGCCCAUGAUCCCAAAAUGGUGAUUCUUUUCAACGUGAUCCGGUGAUCUCUCCAGGCAAGAAAUCUGAGAUGGCGCUUACUGGUUGCCUGACUGCCUUCCAAAGAAGGAUCUGCGUGAUAUAUGUAGGAUCCAAGAAGCAGCUCCUUCAGCGACCUACAAGCAAGGACUUCAGUGGCGGACUCUGCACAAGGCGGCUGUCUGGGGGAUGUUUGAAAAGGGGACGGGCCUCCGGGGUGCUAUCCUUGAAUCCUUCCCCCCAUGGUCCCCCCUGGUCCUUCCUCGGCCUCUUCUUUGAAGGCCGGCAUCGCGGCUUCGCGAAAGCUGCCAAGCCAAAGAGCGUCCGGCAUGCCAAAGCCGCCGACGAGGCUGCUCCCAUUUUCCAAUAUGUGGGAGACCGAGCCAAAAGGAAGGACCGGGUCUUCGUGUGUGGUUUCACCUACUCAGGGGCUCUGGGCAUCCCUUCCUUUAUCGUCCCGGAUGCAGGGAAAAUUCGGAGGCGGAUCCAACCCACGCCUUACCGCCUGGACAUGAAGGAGAAGAUUUCUUCUGCUGCCUGUGGCUACGGGUUCACACUUCUGUCAUCCAGAACAAUGGAUAUUAACAAGAUCUGGGGAAUGGGGCUGAAUAAAGAUUCUCAGAUUGGAUUUCACAGGAGCAGGAAAAAUAAAACUAAAGGCUAUGAAUAUGUCUUGGAGCCAAGCCCUGUUCCCUUGCCACUGGCCAAGCCACAGCACAGCAGAGUUUUGCAAGUAUCUUGUGGGAGAGCACAUUCUUUGGUGUUAACAGAAGAAGGAGUCUUUAGCAUGGGCAACAACGCUUAUGGCCAGUGUGGCCGAAAAGUGAUUGAAGGUGAAAUAUACAGUGAGAGCCAGAUCAUUAACAAACUACAAGGAUUUGAAGACAGAGUGGUCCAAGUUGCCUGUGGGCAGGACCAUAGCCUCUUCCGGACGGAGAAAGGAGAUGUCUAUUCUUGUGGUUGGGGAGCCGAUGGCCAGACAGGCCUAGGCCACUACGACAUAGUGAGUGUUCCCACAAAACUGGGUGGGGACAUUGCAGGUGUCCGCAUUGCACAAGUCACAACCUAUGGAGAUUCUUGCCUGGCUGUGUCCGAGGCCGGCGAGCUCUUUGGCUGGGGAAACUCGGAAUAUCUUCAGCUGAGUUCUGUUACUGAGACAACCCAGGUCAAUGUGCCCAGACAUUUGCACUUCGGUGUUGGGAAAGUGAAGGAAGCUUCCUGUGGUGGAACUGGCAAUGCCAUCUUAACUGAGGAAGGCCAUGUUUUUGUGUGGGGCUAUGGAAUUCUUGGGAAAGGACCAGAUCUUAUGGAAACAGCUGUUCCUGAGAUGAUCCCACCUUCCCUGUUUGGCUUGUCAGACUUCAACCCUGAUAUUUGUGUGGACCGGAUCCGUUGUGGAUUAAACCAGUUUGCGGCGAUCACUAACCAUGGAGAACUCUUUAUAUGGGGCAAAAAUGUGCGAGGAUGCUUGGGAAUUGGCAGGAUGGAAGACCAGUACUUCCCCUGGAGGGUGACAGUGCCAGGUGAGGUGGUGGACGUAGCCUGUGGCGUUGAUCACAUGGUCAUCCUGGUUAAAUCUUACAUUUAGUAGCGUGCCUGUGCACGAGUGCCUCUCCAGAUGAGCAGGAAGCCAAAUUGUACAAGCCUUUGCUGCGGCCCUGUGGUUGGCCUGAGGGUGGAGAACUCACCGAAGCUAGGAAACACUUUGUAAGCCGCCUGGGAGAGACUGAGCAUGCAGUAACUGAAGCCCAAGGAGCAGCUGAAGGAAAGGCAAACAGGAUCAAGUGUAGCCUUUGCAGUUGGACAUUUAUUGCUAAUGACAGCCAUCCUGAAUUUUUUUUUUUUUUUGAAAAGCACUCCUGUUUUCCUGAGUGUUGUAAGCAUGUUGCUACCGUUGAGGUCCAGAAAUAGCACAAAAAAUAUUUAAUAGUAAAGGAAAAUGUGCUACAUUGCAGGGUGUUUCUAACAACUGUAAAUAGUCCUUAAGUAUGGGAAGAGUCUAUUUUUUUAAAUGAACAGUCUUACCAGAUCA